AUGUAUUAUAAUUGGCCUGCUGAGAAAGAUAUAAUGCCUUAUAAGAAACCAAGUACGGUAAAAGAGAUAGAGCUACUUUUCUACCAUACAGGGGUUACUGUUAGUGCUAUAUAUGUUUUCAUUCACUUAGUUCUCUCAAGAGUACUUUCCAAAAAUUAUGACCAACGUUUGGAAUUGAGCCAUGAUGUUUUAAUGAGAAUACGCAGGCUUGUUAACAGUUUAAUGUCACGAGUAAAGUCUACCAGUGUGACAGCAGUAGGUGAUAAUCAACGUUCUAUACAAGAAACAAAAGUGUAUGUUGAUCGUUGUCAGCAGACCGGCGAACAACUCGAAAGUGUCGAUGAAAAUGCGGGCUGGACUCGUAUCAACCUGAGGCUUAAUACUUUAACGGAUGUUCUGCGAAUUUACCAUACUGACAUGCGGAAUAUUAGUGAUUUUGAAUCCCUCUCAUUUAAGACUAAGCUUUUUACCGAUCAAUUAAAGGAUUCAUCCUGGCGAAAUAAAAAGCAGGAAGGCUAUAGUAAUAUUAUUCAAUCAGUCAGGGAGAUGAAAGGGUGGUUUAUUCAUGGUAGAAUCCCAAAAGAUUAA